GGCAGAGACCGAGCUGGGCAAACUCAGCAGCCCGCAGGUGAUCCGGAGCGGUGCAGUGGCUGGGCCGCGGGUUCCAGCUCUCGUCCCCCUUCUCUCUGAGGAUGGCCCAGAAGGAGAACGCCUGUCCCUGGCCCUACGGCCGGAUGCCGGGUCUCUCGUAGUUCAGGCUGGCCUUGAACUCCCAGCAACCUCCUGCCUCAGACUCCCAAGUGCUGGGAUUACAGUCUCAGUCAGGCCUGAACACCCUGUCCCAGAGAGUCCUGCGGAAGGAAGCCACCACCCCCUCCGCAGCUGUCCUCAUGAGCCGCCCCAACGGCCAGCCCGCAGCUGCCCCUGGCCAGAAGGCGGUGGACAGCAGCAAUGGAGGGUCCAACUUGACGCGGCCCCUCACGAUCGACGACUUUGAAAUCGGGCGUCCGCUGGGCAAAGGCAAAUUUGGAAAUGUGUACUUGGCUCGGGAGAAGAAAAGCCAUUUCAUCGUGGCCCUCAAGGUCCUCUUCAAGUCUCAGAUCGAGAAGGAGGGCGUGGAGCACCAGCUGCGGAGGGAGAUCGAAAUCCAGGCCCAUCUGCAGCACCCCAACAUCCUGAGGCUCUACAACUACUUCUAUGACCGGCGGCGGAUCUACUUGAUUUUGGAGUACGCCCCGCGCGGGGAGCUCUACAAGGAGCUGCAAAAGAGCCGGACCUUCGAUGAGCAGCGGACAGCCACGAUCAUGGAGGAGCUGGCAGAUGCGCUGCUCUACUGCCACGGGAGGAAGGUCAUCCACAGAGAUAUAAAGCCUGAGAAUCUGCUCCUGGGGCUCCAGGGAGAGCUGAAGAUCGCUGACUUCGGCUGGUCUGUGCAUGCCCCGUCCCUCAGGAGGAAGACCAUGUGUGGCACCCUGGACUAUCUCCCCCCAGAGAUGAUCGAGGGGUUCACACACAACGAGAAAGUGGAUCUGUGGUGCAUUGGGGUCCUCUGCUAUGAGCUGCUGGUGGGCAACCCGCCUUUCGAGAGUGCCUCACACAACGAGACUUACAGGCGCAUUGUGAAGGUGGACCUGAAGUUCCCCGCCUCUGUGCCCACAGGGGCCCAAGACCUCAUCUCCAAGCUGCUCAAGCAUAAGGCAUCCGAACGGCUCUCCCUGGACCAAGUGGCAGCGCACCCUUGGGUGCGGGCGCACUCCCGCAGGGUGCUGCCUCCGUCUGCCCCCUGAGUGUGCCCGGCAUAUGUUGGUGUGUCUGUGAUUGUGCAGGGAGACAGGAGAGGUCUGGCCUCUUCCCUUAUGUCUUCCACCUCCUUUUUAUUUAAUAAACCUGUAGCUUUUUGUACUGGUGA